AAGUCCCUCAGUAUCCAGAGAUCAGAAUAGAAGAUACGACCAAAGAGAAGAAAGAGAAGAAUAUUCACAAUAUGCUACUUCAGAUAACGCCAUGCCUAGAUCUCCAUCAGAUUAUGCUGAUAGGAGGUCUCAGCGUGAACCUCAGUUUUACGAAGAGUCUGACCAUAUAAAUUACAGGGACUCCAACAGGAGAAGUCAUAGGCAUUCCAAAGAAUAUAUCGUAGAUGAUGAGGAUGUGGAGAGCAGAGAUGAAUAUGAAAGGCAAAGGAGAGAGGAGGAGUACCAGGCGCGCUAUCGAAGCGAUCCGAAUUUGGCCCGGUAUCCAGUAAAGCCACAGCCCUACGAAGAACAAAUGCGUAUUCAUGCUGAAGUGUCCCGAGCGAGGCAUGAGAGAAGGCAUAGUGAUGUCUCUUUGGCAAAUGCUGAACUGGAAGAUUCUAGGAUUUCUAUGCUGAGGAUGGAAAGACCAUCAAGGCAGAGAUCUAUAUCUGAACGUAGAGCUGCCAUGGAAAAUCAGCGAUCUUACUCAAUGGAAAGAACUCGAGAGGCUCAGGGACCAAGUUCUUAUCCACAAAGGACCACAAACCACAGUCCUCCCACCCCGCGGAGGAGUCCAAUACCCAUUGAUAGACCAGACAUGAGACGUACUGACUCACUACGGAAACAGCACCACUUAGAUCCUAGCUCUGCUGUGAGGAAAACAAAACGGGAAAAGAUGGAAACAAUGUUAAGGAACGAUUCUCUCAGUUCCGACCAGUCGGAGUCCGUGAGACCUCCACCACCAAAGCCUCAUAAAUCAAAGAAAGGAGGUAAAAUGCGCCAGGUUUCAUUGAGCAGUUCAGAGGAGGAAUUAGCUUCCACGCCUGAAUACACCAGUUGUGAUGAUGUGGAGAUUGAAAGUGAGAGUGUAAGUGAGAAAGGAGACAUGGAUUACAACUGGUUGGACCAUACGUCUUGGCAUAGCAGUGAGGCAUCCCCAAUGUCUUUGCACCCUGUGACGUGGCAGCCAUCUAAAGAUGGAGAUCGUUUAAUUGGUCGUAUUUUGUUAAAUAAGCGUCUAAAAGAUGGAAGCGUACCUCGAGAUUCAGGAGCAAUGCUUGGCUUGAAGGUUGUAGGAGGAAAGAUGACUGAAUCAGGUCGGCUUUGUGCAUUUAUUACCAAAGUAAAAAAAGGAAGUUUAGCUGAUACUGUAGGACAUCUUAGACCAGGUGAUGAAGUAUUAGAAUGGAAUGGAAGGUUCUUGCAAGGAGCCACAUUUGAAGAAGUAUAUAACAUCAUUCUGGAGUCCAAACCUGAACCACAAGUGGAGCUUGUUGUUUCAAGACCUAUUGGAGAUAUCCCUAGAAUACCUGAUACCACACAUGCACAACUGGAGUCUAGUUCCAGCUCAUUCGAAUCUCAAAAAAUGGAUCGCCCUUCUAUUUCCGUUACCUCUCCCAUGAGUCCCGGCAUGUUGAGGGAUGUUCCACAGUACUUAUCUGGACAACUUUCAAUAAAACUAUGGUUUGACAAGGUUGGUCACCAAUUAAUAGUUACAAUUUUGGGAGCAAAGGAUCUCCCUUCCAGGGAAGAUGGGAGGCCAAGGAAUCCUUAUGUUAAAAUUUACUUUCUUCCAGACAGAAGUGAUAAAAACAAGAGAAGAACUAAAACAGUAAAGAAAACAUUGGAACCCAAAUGGAACCAAACAUUCAUUUAUUCCCCAGUCCAUCGAAGAGAAUUUAGGGAACGGAUGCUAGAGAUCACGCUCUGGGAUCAAGCUCGAGUUCGAGAGGAAGAAAGUGAAUUCUUAGGAGAGAUUUUAAUUGAAUUAGAAACAGCAUUAUUAGAUGAUGAGCCACAUUGGUACAAACUCCAGACCCAUGAUGUUUCUUCAUUACCACUUCCCCACCCUUCUCCGUAUAUGCCACGACGACAACUCCAUGGAGAGAGCCCAACAAGGAGAUUGCAAAGGUCAAAAAGAAUAAGUGAUAGUGAAGUGUCUGACUAUGACUGUGAUGAUGGAAUUGGUAUAGUAUCAGAUUAUCGACACAAUGGUCGAGAUCUUCAAAGCUCAACAUUAUCAGUGCCAGAACAAGUAAUGUCAUCAAACCAUUGCUCACCAACAGGAUCUCCUCACCGAGUAGAUGUUAUAGGAAGGACUAGAUCAUGGUCACCUAGUGUCCCUCCUCCACAAAGUCGGAAUGUGGAACAGGGACUUCGAGGAACACGGUCUACUGCUGGACAUUAUAAUACAAUUAGCCGAAUGGAUAGACAUCGUGUGAUGGAUGACCAUUAUUCUCCAGAAAGAGACAGGGAUUGUGAAGCAGCAGAUAGACAGCCAUAUCACAGAUCCAGACCAACAGAACAACGGCCUCUCCUAGAGCGGACCACCGCCCGCUCCAGAUCCACUGAGCGUCCUGAUACAAACCUCAUGAGGUCGAUGCCUUCAUUAAUGACUGGAAGAUCUGCCCCUCCUUCACCUGCCUUAUCGAGGUCUCAUCCUCGUACUGGGUCUGUCCAAACAAGCCCGUCCAGUACUCCAGUAGCAGGACGAAGGGGCCGACAACUUCCUCAACUUCCACCAAAGGGAACACUGGAGAGAAGUGCUAUGGAUAUAGACGAGAGAAAUCGCCAAAUGAAAAUUAACAAAUACAAACAGGUAGCCGGAUCAGACCCCAGACUGGAGCAAGAUUACCAUUCAAAGUACCGAUCAGGAUGGGAUCCUCAUAGAGGGGCAGAUAAUAUUUCCACUAAAUCUUCGGACAGUGAUGUAAGUGAUAUAUCCGCGGUUUCCAGGACUAGUAGUGCUUCUCGUUUCAGUAGCACAAGCUACAUGUCCGUCCAAUCAGAACGGCCAAGAGGAAACAAGAAAAUCAGUGUCUUUACAUCCAAAAUGCAAAGCAGACAAGUGGGCAUCUCAGGGAAGAACAUGACCAAAAGCACCAGCAUCAGCGGAGACAUGUGCUCGCUGGAGAAGAACGACGGCAGCCAGUCUGACACCGCAGUGGGUGCCCUGGGCACCGGCGGCAAAAAGCGGCGCUCUAGCAUUGGGGCCAAAAUGGUAGCUAUUGUUGGCCUCUCCAGGAAGAGUCGCAGUGCUUCUCAGCUCAGCCAAACGGAAGCCGGCGGUAAAAAGCUCCGGAGCACCGUCCAGCGAAGUACAGAGACGGGCCUGGCUGUGGAAAUGAGGAACUGGAUGACUCGGCAGGCGAGCCGAGAAUCUACGGACGGCAGCAUGAACAGCUAUAGCUCGGAAGGAAAUCUGAUCUUCCCUGGCGUCCGCCUGGCCUCCGAUAGCCAAUUCAGUGAUUUUCUGGAUGGCCUUGGCCCUGCCCAGCUAGUGGGGCGUCAGACUCUGGCUACACCUGCAAUGGGUGACAUUCAGGUAGGAAUGAUGGACAAAAAGGGACAAUUGGAGGUGGAAAUCAUUCGGGCUCGUGGCCUUGUUGUAAAACCAGGUUCCAAGACACUGCCAGCACCAUACGUAAAGGUGUAUCUGUUAGAUAAUGGAGUCUGCAUAGCCAAAAAGAAAACAAAGGUGGCAAGAAAAACGCUGGAACCCCUUUACCAGCAGCUAUUAUCUUUUGAAGAAAGUCCCCAAGGGAAGGUUUUACAGAUCAUUGUCUGGGGAGAUUAUGGCCGCAUGGAUCACAAAUCCUUCAUGGGAGUGGCCCAGAUACUUUUAGAUGAACUGGAGCUAUCCAAUAUGGUGAUUGGAUGGUUCAAACUUUUCCCUCCUUCCUCCCUAGUAGAUCCAACCUUGGCCCCUCUGACAAGAAGAGCUUCCCAAUCAUCUCUGGAAAGUUCAACCGGACCUUCUUACUCUCGUUCAUAGCAGCUGUAAAACUGUUGUCAUAGCAACCAGCGUUACAAAAAAAUAAAAAAAAAUCACAGGUCGCAAACCCUGGUAACACUGCAUGCUUAAUGUUGUGUCUUCUGAGCCUGUUUCUAGGGAUACAAAGCGAUCCUGUGUUCUCAGAGGAAGUUGCACACAUUGUGCCCUAAAGAUGGCCCUCAGGUGAAAGAGCAGUUAUGAAGAACUAUCAGGUUUGGAGUUCAAUAACACUCAAGUUUUGGUCCAAUCUGAAGCCAUGGAUUAAUCUCAAAGAAUCAGUCAGUUUCAUGCAACAAAAGCCCUUUUCAAUGGCACCUUUAUAUUUUUAUCGUUCCUUUUUCUUCAUUUCUCUGACCCCAAAGCCCUGUUACGCCACAGAAAUGGAGCUAUACAGUCAUUAAGCCAUGUUACAGGUCAAGGAGUGAAGUCCUAGGAAGCAUCAGGUGAAAAGCAAGAGACCAAAGAAGUGGUCCGGGACAGACGUCAGCCCUCCUCUGGAGUGUGACCAGCAGCGGCCAGUCCUGCGUGAACAGUGGCAGACUCAGAGCUCCGGCGGGCACGCCAUUCACUAAUGCCACGAUGUGUUGGACUCUGAAAAACAAAAUUCUGUGGCUACACUGUACUGAAUGAAAUUAAACUUUUUUUGCAUGGACACAGAUUAGCUGAAUACU